GGUUCUGACAGUUUUGCAUCAGUCUUUGGGAAAAAAAUAGAGGAAUUCACCCUCAGGUAUCUGCUAACCUCUAGAGUACUAGCCCUGCCCACGCCAAGGGAGGUCCCACUUUUUCAGCUUCUCUGUUGCUAAAUCUGUGACCCUUUUAAUGAAACCCAAGGGAUUGUACACGAGGCAGAGAAGCAAGACAUUUUUAAGAAGCAAUUUAAUAUUUCUCUUCCUGAUAUUGUGCUUUUUUCCCUUUGCACUUCUUAGAAUCCAAGAACUAUAAGAAGCUUGCUUUUUUUUUCCUUUUUUUUUUUUUUCUUUUCUUUUUUUAGUUUCACUUUCAAGAUUGCAGCAAAUCUGCCAUGCCUUCCUGGUGAAAACGACUGAAUUUGGACUAAUGAAAAAAGGAACGGUCGGCUGUUAUCAGAGUAAAUGAAGAGGCGAGAAUCAUGAACCAGAGUUUACCUUUUCAUAUCUACUACUUUUUGGGACUGUUGCCCUUGUGGAUACUGUGUACAUCUUCUGCCAAUAAAUGUGUUGUUAGACAAGAAGUAGCUGACUGCAGUCAUCUGAAGUUGACUCAAGUGCCUGAUGACCUUCCGGCAAACAUAACAGUGUUGAAUCUCACCCAUAAUCAGCUCCGAAGAUUACCAUCUGCCAAUUUUACAAGAUAUAGCCAACUUACUAUCUUGGAUGGAGGAUUUAACUCCAUCUCAAAACUGGAGCCAGAAUUGUGCCAAAAACUCCCCCUGUUGGAAAUUCUGAAUCUCCAACACAAUGAGCUAUCUCACCUUUCAGAUCAAACUUUUGUCUUCUGCAUGAAUUUGACUGAACUCCAUCUAAUGUCCAAUCCAAUCAAGAAAAUUCAAAAUAAUCCCUUUCAAAACCUGAAGAAUUUAAUCAAAUUAGAUCUAUCUCAUAAUGGUUUAUCAUCUACUAAAUUAGGAAGUCAGCUCCAACUGGAAAAUCUCCAAGAGCUUCUGUUAUCAAAUAAUAAAAUUAAUGUACUAAGACCUGAAGAACUUGAUUUCCUUGGUAAUUCUUCUUUAAAAAAAUUAGAGUUGUCAUCAAAUCCAAUUAAAGAGUUCUCUCCAGGGUGUUUUCAUGCAAUUGGAAAAUUAUUCGGUCUCUCUCUGAACAAUGCUCAACUGACCCCCAGCCUCACAGAGAAGCUCUGUUUGGAACUGUCAAACACAAGCAUUCAGAAUCUAUCCCUGAGCAACACCCAGCUGUACAGAACGAGCAAUCUGACUUUCGUUGGAUUGAAGCACACAAAUCUCACCAUGCUCGAUCUUUCCCACAACAACUUAAAUGUGAUUGAGAAUAAUUCCUUUGCUUGGCUUCCACAUCUAGAAUAUUUCUUCCUGGAGUAUAAUAACAUAGAGCAUUUGUUUUCUCACUCCUUUUAUGGGCUUCUCAAUGUGAGAUACCUGGAUUUGCGACGCUCUUUUUCUAAACAAAGCAUUUCCCUUGCUUUGCAUCCCAAGAUUGAUGAUUUUUCCUUUCAGUGGCUAAAAUGUUUGGAGUAUCUUAACAUGGAAGACAACAACUUUCCAGGCAUAAAAAGCAAUAUGUUCACGGGAUUGAUAAAGCUGAAACACUUAAGUCUCUCCAACUCCUUCGCAAGUUUGCGGACUUUAACCAAUGAAACAUUUUUGUCCCUUGCUCAGUCUCCUUUAGUCACACUCAAUCUAACCAAAAACAAAAUCUCAAAAAUAGAGAGUGGUGCUUUUUCUUGGUUGGGCCGCCUACAGGUACUCGACCUUGGCCUUAAUGAAAUCGGGCAAGAACUCACGGGCCAAGAAUGGAGAGGUUUAGAAAAUAUUGUUGAAAUCUACCUUUCCUACAACAAAUGCCUACAACUGACUAGCAGCUCUUUUGCCUUGGUUCCAAGCCUCCGACGACUGAUGCUCCGAAGAGUGGCCCUUAGAAAUGUGGACGGCUCCCCUUCACCUUUUCAUCCUCUUCGAAACUUGACUAUUCUGGAUCUAAGCAACAACAAUAUAGCCAACAUAAAUGCUGAACUGUUGGAGGGUCUUGAGAAACUAGAAAUUCUGGAUUUGCAGCAUAACAACUUAGCAAGGCUAUGGAAACAUGCAAACCCCGGUGGUCCUGUUCAUUUUCUAAAGGGUCUUUCUCACCUCCACAUUCUUAAUUUAGAGUCUAAUGGCUUUGAUGAGAUCCCAGCAGAGGUAUUCAAGGACUUAUUUGAAUUAAAAAGCAUUUAUUUAGGAUUGAAUAAUUUAAACAUAUUUCCACCAUCUGUCUUUGAUGGUCAGGCAUCUCUAAAGUCAUUGAACCUUCAGAAGAAUCUCAUAACAUCAGUUGAGAAGAAUGUUUUUGGGCCAGCCUUCAGGAACCUGAGUAAUUUAGAUAUGAGCUUUAAUCCAUUUGAUUGUACCUGUGAAAGUAUUGCCUGGUUUGUUAAUUGGAUUAACCGGACCCACACCAACAUCUCUGAGCUAUCAAGCCAUUACCUCUGCAAUACUCCACCUCAAUAUCAUGGUUUCCCUGUGAUGCUUUUUGAUAUAUCACCCUGCAAAGACAGUGCCCCCUUUAAACUCUUUUUCAUAAUAAAUACCAGUGUCUCAUUGAUUUUUAUCGUUAUUGUACUGCUUAUCCAUUUUGAAGGCUGGAGGAUAUCUUUUUAUUGGAAUGUUUUAGUGCAUCGAAUUCUUGGUUUCAAAGAAAUAGACAGACAGCCAGAGCAGUUUGAAUAUGCAGCUUAUAUAAUUCAUGCCUAUAAAGAUAAGGAUUGGGUCUGGGAACACUUCUUUUCAAUGGAAGAAAAAGAUGAAACUCUCAAAUUUUGUCUCGAAGAAAGGGACUUUGAGGCAGGUGUCCUUGAACUUGAAUCAAUUGUUAAUAGCAUCAAAAGGAGCAGAAAAACUAUUUUUGUUGUAACACAGAAUCUACUAAAAGAUCCAUUAUGCAAAAGAUUCAAGGUGCACCAAGCAGUUCAACAAGCUAUUGAACAAAAUCUGGAUUCCAUUAUAUUGAUCUUUCUUGAGGAGAUCCCAGAUUAUAAACUGAACCAUGCACUCUGUUUGCGAAGAGGGAUGUUUAAAUCUCACUGCAUCUUGAGCUGGCCAGUUCAGAAAGAGCGGGUAAAUGCCUUUCAUCAUAAAUUGCAAGUAGCGCUUGGAUCCAGAAAUUCAAUACAUUAAAUUUAUUUCAAGACUAAGGUAACAGAGGAGUAACUUUCCCAACUUAAAAAGUUUCGUAGUCAAUUUAGGCUUUAUUUGAAAAUAAUGUAAAUCUGUUUAUUCAUAUUCAGAGAGUAUUGUCCCAUGAUUCUAUCUCUUCUAUCUCUCUAUCGCAGGCCUUUUAUUACCAGCUGAGUUAAUUGGACCCAAAAUAAACAUAUAAGAAUAUCUUCUACGAAUGAAUAUACAAUUGGUUACUGAGGUCUAUGACAACUUAAGAAAGUUUUAAGAUAUUCCUCAUUUAAAGAAAAGUUAGAAUUAUGGGAAGGUUUCUGAUAAUUAUAUUUGGAGUUUUUUUAGAUGCACUCAGUAGAAUAAGAGAUAAUUGUUUUAGUGGAUACAAUGCUCUUUCAACUGUGAAAGAGUAAAAUACAUACCCCAAUUUUUAAAAGCUUAGGUAUAGUAUUUUUUUUUCAUUUGGAAAGCUUUUAUUUUAGUGGUGCCUGUCUCAGUGUUGAUUUUGUUAAGUGUUAAAUCCCAUUUUAAUAUACAGAUUCAUGGUCAGAAAACAUUUACAGUUCAUUUUGAUCACUUAGAAAAAUAAACAUUUUAAUAAAUACUUACUUAUAUUUUCCUGACAUUUGGGUUUCUGCUAUAGGUGUUAGAAGAAACAAUCCUCUUACUUAAAAAUAUUACAAAAAAAAAAAAGAGAGAUUACAGAAAGGCUUGCUUCCUGAAGGUUAAUUAGUAGAUUGGCUUUGUGGAGAUAAAAUAUUCUUUUCUCUUGGUCACAGACUCAGGGGAUGGCCCUGGUCAAAUCAUUUGGUCCCACUGGGAUUCUUUGACUCCUGAUUUUGGAAAUUAUGGUGAUAAACAAAAUCUUAAAUUAUCCCAUAUAAUUAAUGAUGACCAUGGCAUAGUACCUUCACAUGAAAUAUAUUAUGUCAUAAAAUUAUAUGCUAUGUACAUGUUAGUCCUUUUCUAGAAAGACUAUUAUUUUAAAUUUUAUUUUUGUCUUACAAUGAAAAGAAUCUAAUUGGAAAUAGACAAGAAUAACCUUUUAAAACACCUUUAUAUUUCUUGUAUUCAAAUAUAAGAGAGGGUUGAAAUGAUAAGCUGAGUUAAUUUCUAUAUUAGAAGCACCUGUUUGCUAAAUUUAGGGAGCAUCUGAGGUAUUGCAUUUUGGAACUUUGACUUAAAUAGUUCAGUAUUCUCAGGGGUAAGCUCACAGGAUCCUGAAGUAAUAUCCACUGUUUAUCCACUGUAUUGCUGGUUCUGAAAGAGUCUAUCAACAAUGUGAAUGUGUGGAGGACUCAUUUUCACUUUCCCAUUAUACAUCAUCCUUGCACACGAGAUACUUGUUCUAUAGCUUUUUUUGUUAAAAUGUGUUUUCUGCCUGUAAAAUAAUCUCGCUUUAUUUUGGCAUCAUAAGCUAUAAAUAAAUGAAUGAAUGAAUAAAUAAAUAAAAUUAAACUUUUAUGAUGCCAAAAUAAAAUUCACAAUUACUGUUUUCCUUGAUGUGCUUUGUAUGUUAUCUGUGUAUCACUGGUCUCAAUUUCAUUAAAAUAUUUCUAAGUGAAUUUUUCUUAUGAAUUAAUGUUUCAUCAGUUUGUCAAAAGGCUUUCAU